UAAGGAAAAGCGAGGAGUCAAGCGAGUGAUUUCCCCUGAAGCGAAUCGCGCCAUGUUUCUGAGAAACGCUGUCCGAACUGAGCGGGCGUGUUUCCGCAAGGACAUGUUCUCACAACUCUCACCGAGGAUCAUGUCAGCGGGACAGCACAUCGCCACUUUCAAGGAAUAAUUAUUUCUAGCACUUGCUACAAAUCUUAGGACUGGCCAUGUUGGUAAACCUGCACAGCAAUACAUAAAUUUGGAGUGGCUGUGCUGAAGGUGAAAUAUGGCGAUACAGGAUAAAUGCUCCUUACUACAUCAGCCUGGACAGACAACAAGUCCAGCAAAUACACAGCUGCUUGUGGGCUGUGUUGCUGGAAGGAGAAAUGAAACAUGCUGCAGUCACACCUGUAACAGGUGUAGGGACAAGUUGAGGGAGUUGAAUGACCAAACUAUCCCAAAAGUCUUGGCAACACCUCUGCGUCCAGAGAAAAUGGAUAAGCCCAAACUGUGUGAGGAUAAAGAUAACUUGGGUGAACCAGAUCCAGACUCGGAUUCCUCCAUAGCAACAAAGUAUUCAGCACCCAUGACUGGUUUCACGGAAUUUGAAAAGCAGAAUGUUCUUCAGGAGAUGAUGAGAAAACAUCCACCAUUUGAGGACAUAACACAUAAGUGAGUUGGAGAAAAAGGAGUUUUUAAUCAACAGCCAAAAUUUUGCUUCUCACUCUUUUGAAUUUGCUGGGCAAAGCACCAAACCCCAGGAGACACCACCUGAUAUCAAGAAUCUGGACCUAAACCUCACUGCAAGUGUAACACCUGCAAAGGUCCAAAACAUGUGCAUUGAAGGAAAUUUGCAUGAUGAAUUGGAGAAAUGCAAAAUAUUUGAUCAACAGCCAUUGAAGAUGAAGAAUCAAGUCCGCAAUAUACUUGCCAAAUAUUCUCAUAAUGAAUCUAUUCUGUGGGACAUCUGUUUUGCCUACCGUCAUACAGGAAUGAAUCAAAUACCCUUAAUGCAGAGGAAUGAGAUUGAGAUCUGCAAGAGUAAGAUUCCUGAUUUAAGCAUGCUGACAAAUAAUGAUGGUGAGAUGCGAUGUGCCCAGUCUUCUGGCAUGGAGAAAAAUUGUGAUCUUCACCUUUCAGAACUGAGUUCAGAAAGUGGGCCACUGAUUCCCGUAGAAGAUUCUUACAUUUUCCCAUCAACCAUGAUGUUUUCAGGUUGUUCUGCAACAUUGAGUUACUGUAAUUUCUCUUGUACUACAGAAAAUAAGAACUGGGAAAAUCAACACAAGUUUACAGAACGAGAACUUUACAUCAACAAAGGGAACGUGGAAACAUUUCCUGCCACUUUCGUAGGGAAAGAACCUUCAAUAUCCAAUGGCAUUAUUAAAAAGCAGUUUUCUUCUGUGAAAGACUUUUGCAUUCAGCCUCAAGUAUCUGUCACAGAAAAAGAUGGGGAGUGCCGGACACAGCUGGUGGUAACAGCCAUGCUGAAUGCAACAAAGUACGAAGAGUUUAGAAGGGAAGAGCAACCUGAGGAUGGAAAAGCAACUGAGAAGGCGGAGGAAGAGGAGUCUGAAAAGAGGCAGAUUGCCAAUCAAGUGGAAAAACUGGUCCCUGUUCCAGAAGCAUCUGUCACAAGUCAAGCAAAAAAACGAAAACACAAGAAGAGUGCAAAGAAAGAGAAUGCAGGUGGUCAAUGUCUACACCCAGGCCAAAAAAACAGAAAGGAAAUAGGAGGCUACACAUUUGGAGCAGUGAAAUGCAAGCAACACAACAGGGCAGCUGAUCACGCUAAGCCAGUAAAGAAAUCUGGUAAAUCUAGAAAACAGGAUUUGGUUGAUAAAACAGAUGGAUGCAUGUUGAAAAAUAGAUCAGCACUGCUGAAACUCACAGAAGAGCGUGUUGCCAGAGAUUUCUGUGAUCCAAAGCAGCAUGGUUUGGCUCAGCAGCCAUUGGACACAGCAGUUAAAGUAUUUGGUGCCAACCAACCAAUGGAGGUGGUAGACCAGACAGAUCCAGCAGGGCAAAUUUUGGUGGAGACCUCGAUGAAGAAAAAGGACAGUGUGUUGAUAAAACAUCAGCAGGAAACAGUAAAAGAGUGAGUGUAACCCACCCAUCACACCCUGCAGACUGUUUUGUAAAAUUACAAUACAGCAGAUACGAUGACUGUGUAUCCAAGAUGGACCAUUACCUUCGUUCACAGAAUGAGGAAUAUCCGGGUAUUUGGAGGGUUGCCUCACAUAGAAUGACAGGCAAAUCAACAGAGCAAAGAAAGAUUGUGACACGUGCCGUGAUCUUAAGAGAUUGCAUUAACACUGAAAUUAUGUCACUUGUCACAAGCUGCAUUUUACUGGACGAAGACCAACUGGAUUUGUGUUCUGCUAGUCUCAAGGUCGUGUCAUCGAGCAGUUCGGCAGAGGGAGGCAACUCAGGUGGCAGUGCAAACAGCAGCUCUUCUGGCAGCAAGGGAUCAGGUACUCAGCAGAAUGGGCGUGCUGGCUGGAGCUGCCACAGACAUGGCAACAGCAAUGAUGAUGAUGACGAUGAUGAUGAUGAUAAGAAUGAAAACAGGCAUCCCAAUGGGUUUCCAGGAACGCAUGCUUCAGGUGAUGACAAGAAGCCCACAGAGAAUCACCAGAGUGCACUUGUGCCACCUGCAGAUUACAAACGCUAUCGAAAGAAACAGCAUGGAGUUGCAAGCAAUGAACAACUGUGCCACUGCCUUGGGCAGGCGGGAGCUGGACUUGGCAUCUUAAGGCAGUCAAGUGGCAUUGCUGGGGUCAACACAUGCUUGUCUUGGUGUUUACAUGACAUCACCUCUGUCACGUCACCAUCAGUAGAAGACCUUGCAUGCUGCACGUGUGCUGUGCUCCACUCGCUUCUCUCCCAUUUUGCACAGUCGCCACAUGACAGGUCAUGCAACAUGUGUCUACAGCUGUUUACACUGAUAGCCUUCCACAUACAAGAAUGUCGUGUGCUUCGGCUGACUGCAGAGGGGCCGUCAGAUAUUUGCUACCGAAUGAUAUCUGGCGGCCUGUUCUCAAGUGAGUCAGAGCUGUCAAGUGAGCAAGUUUGGGCCAAAGUACGGAAAUAUCUCAGUUGUGCCCUGGCGCCAAUCCUGGUAGUCACUGUUGAUAGUUGUUUCACAGGCAGCCAAAAUGAGGAGACAGCAGAUUUAAAUGCUGGGGACAUCACAGUCACUACAAAGAGCAUCAAGGGAUCACCGGGUGUGCAAGAUGUUACUGCUGCUGUAGAUAAGAUUUCUGUGUCAAGCGUAUUGGCACCUCAGAUGCAGACUGUCAUGCCCAAACAUGCAGCCCUCAAGCGAAAGCCUAGUGCUUCUAAGCUGUUAAUAAAACCCAUACCUGAGGAGCCACAGCUACCAACAGCCACUCCAGAAGAUAAUUCCUUUUUGUUUGAAAGUAACAGUCAGGAGCAGGGCGCUGCACCAACAAAAGCUACAAUAGCCCCUUCAUCCACAACAUCAACCAUGCCUGCUACCGUCUUGACGUGCCAAACCACUGUGGAUGAUACUGGUGAUAGAAAUUUAGGUGGGGAAGAACAUGAGGACAUAAGACCAUAUAUUGAUAAGAUUGCAGAGCAGAUGAAAAACAAGAAUGUUAAACCACCCUCAGAUGAUCCAUUUGGAACACAGAAAACCUAUGGACAGACAGGAAUCGUCUCCAUGCCUGAAGGCCAGAUUAAGCAUAUCAUCACUGACCAAAACUUCUCCUUAGGCUAUAAACCUACAGGGACCCCUGGUAUAGGUGAAGUUGUGUAUGGUACUCGUCAGCAGCUGUUGCUUGUGGCGCGAAAUUGGCGCAUGGAACGUGACAAUUGUCGAGGUACUGGACGUUGCCGUUACCAGCACCGAGAGGAGGGAGUAAUCCUUGAUCGAUUUAAGAAAAAUCUGUGCAUUCUGCAUACGCGCUACCAGAAGCACCAUCAAUGGGAACGGCUUGUCCAUCUUGGAAAUGGCGUGACAGGAAAAUGUCAUCUUUGCAUUGACCGCACCUCCAGCUUCAAAUUCUGCUGCAAGAAGAUUCACAUUUUGAGUUACGAUGACAAUGAACUUGACAUCUGGAGUGACCUAUCUCACCACAACAUCGUUUGCUUCUUUGGGGCAAUACGUCAUGGUGAAAGGAUCUACUUGUUUGCUGAAUUUAUUGAUGGAGGAAACCUUACUGCGGUCAUCAACGAGCAGUGGCACAUUAGCCGGCGCUUAAGUCACUGGACAGCACUCAACUAUUUUCGACAACUGCUUGAUGUUCUGAUCUAUAUGCAGUUGCGUGGUGUUCUGCAUGAAGACAUAAAAGCUGAUAACCUGCUUCUUCGAGAGGGCACCACUGAAAUUGUUCUGGCUGACUUUGGUGUGGCACAGCGCAUUUGUCAUGACCAUGUUCCACCGGGUCAGUCACCAGCAGGCUCACCAGCACACUGGAGUCCAGAGAAAGCAGCUAGUGAAGGACAUGGCUUUCCCUCUGAUCUCUGGGCAGCAGCAUGUGUCCUUAUUCACAUGCUGAGUGGCAGUCCACCCUGGAUUAAACGCUAUCAAAAUGCAGACGUUUUGAACUUCCUGAUUUGGUCAAACCCACCACCUAUGGAUGAUGUGCCUCCCAAUGUUCGGGAGAGUGUGCGCGACCUCAUCAGUUGUUGUCUUGUAAAAGAUGCUGCCAUCAGGCCAUCAGCAAAGCAGAUCAGAAAUCACCAGUCCUUCCAGAUGCUAAGUCAGGCAUCCUCCUUCUUUUCCACAUUCGUCCAACCGUCGUCUGCAGCACCACUUCAGAAAGGUCCUUCAGAGCCAGAUCCUGAAAAGGCCAGUGGAGAUAUAAAGACAGGAGUGGAGGCAGGUGAAACCAAUGCCGAGCCCAAGACAGAUUUUGCUUCUUGUGCUUCUGCUUUAAAGUUGCAGGAAGACCAGCUUACGUCAUGUCACAGGAGAAGUUGUCUGGCACAUGUUGUGUCCGGCCAGAAUGUCCAGCAGCAUCAUCUCCAUCAUUUGGAUGCAAGAAUGUCAAAAUGAUGUCUGAACUUAUCCAGAGUCAUACACGCAUGACUUUAGAAAAUGACGCUGCAGCAAGCGGAUGUGAGACUUCGGAUGCUGCUUGUGCAGAAAGGUCUGUAUUUAUGGUCUUUUCGCAGCAUCUGCCUCAUGGACAGGAUGAAACAGUGUUUCAUCCUGAAGAUCUACCAGAUGUUCCCCCCACUCUUGUCACACCAGUGGGUAAAAAAGGAUCCCUGACCAUCUCCUUUCAACCAGUGUUACAAUCACCUUCUCAAGCAACUGCUAAGGGUCAGUCUGGCCUUGAACCCUAUGGCACAACUGGAGAUUCCCCAACCAUGGUGAUACCUGCUUCUCCCCUUUUACCAUUGCCAGGGCACUGGGAAAUGAUGAACAAGAUAGUUACACCUGAUGGGGCACAGCCAAGUAGAGACAUUAGAGUGGAUGAUGCUGUACACAUGAUUUCACUGUCUGCAGUUCAAAACAUUCCAAAACAAACAUUACCUUCAUCAGGGGAGAUUAGUUGUGCAGCAUGUCCUUUAGUUGGAGAUACUACCAAUCUCAAGAGCACCUUAGGGAGCAGCUGCCAAGUUCAGAAUGAUUUUGUGAAAGCAGCAUCUGACACCAGUUGCACAGCUAAUCUGUCCAUGAUUCCAGAGGAUGAGGAAGAAGCAUCCGCUACAAAUAGCAGAGAGGAACAUUUCUGGGAUUUCGUGCAAGACAAUGGGGUGACUUGUCAGGACCCAGUUUUUGGUCGGCAUCAUUUACGAGUCUAUCAAGGAUGUGGUACUUUGCCAGACUAUGAGAAUGCACCUUCAACUGUAGCCCUUCCUUCUGCGUCACCUGAACGUAUCCUGCCGAACUUCAGACUGCUGUCGGUGGCUGAUUCAGUCACUCUUCAGUCAGGCAAUGUCACUGGCAUGAAUACCUCUUCUGGCUCUAGCAUUCUGCAGGCUACACAGCAGGAAGCUAAAACUCAGAACAUCCUGACUGUGAAUUGGUUGGCAGUUAGAGAUCAGAUCAAAACUGAUCAGCAUUCAACUCAUAAUAAGGGUGGGUCUUUGAAAGAAAGUGAUGCCAAGGAAGAGAAGAUUGUUGGAACAGAAACUAAUGUUACACGCAGCUCAGAUGAUGAGCAUAUUUCUAGUGGAGACUUGUUUGGCCCAGGUCCUAUAAAAGCAGAGAAGCAGCAGCACACUUCAGAUACCACUCAGACCAGCUGUACAGUCGAAAAAAUCCAAAUCUUCGUCUAGAGAUGACAGCCCCAACAGCAACAGCCUGUCAUACUGCUGGCAUGCCCAGGGAAACAAAACAGCUUCCAGCACCUACUGACAAUAGGACAAAGCAUCCUGAGCAAGUCCCGCGUACACUGAGCGAACCAAGUGGGUUCACUGCCUCACCUUUCACACCCUCUCCACAGUCUGCCCCUGUCAAGGACAGGUCAAGGUCCGGCUCAUCCCUCACGUUGGGUCAGAGUCCUCCACACCACGCAGUGCCUAUGAUCAGCAGGAGCAGGAAUGGAAUAUUCUUCAGCAGGAGGCUUGCACAGUCUUGGAAUUUGAACCCGACAAGGAAGUUGAUGUGGUCAGCUGCAUUCAUCCUGCAUAUUUCCAGUCUUACCAGCCUAGGAAGGAACUGGCAAGUUUUGUAAACAACUCAGAAGAGAGUGAAAUGCUAUCUAUCUUACAAGGCUCUAUCAAUGCAACAGAUAUUGCAGGUCACCUUCUCACCUUCUACAGUGUCCAAGAGGAGGAACUGUUCUCUAUGCGUGUCCCCCCUCACUGUCAUUCUUGGAGCGAGCUGGUUGCCUCUGUGCACGGCAAGAUAUACCAUGCAGGCUACCAGCAUUUUACAUUGGUGGACAUGGGGAGCCACACCUCAAUUGAUUUCUUUUCACCACCGGAUGUGAGACGGAUCAAAGUCAUGGAGGUCUCUGAGGACAGCAUUGACACCUGCUGGUGUGAAAACCACCUAAUUCUUUGAAAUUAUGCCUCUUAAAUCUUUGUAAAAAUCACUUAGGGACCCAUGUCUGGGCAGAGACAGCAGUAUAUGACUGCUGAACUCUUCAACUUUAGAGUCCAGAAUGUUGACAGCCAAAAAAAUUCACAUUUCCUUGGGUGAUAUAUCUAUGCUGUUUUCACAAAUUUUCUUUCUUUGGUGCAGAAAUGGUUACUUUGAGUGUGCUUUGUUUCCCUUUACCUGAUAACCUUGUAGCAUGAAAACUAUUGCGUGAUUUAAAAAAUAGUUCUUUGUCAUUACAGAUUUUACUUAUCUGUCAAGAAAUAUUUUUGAGUGUAAUAUACAAAUGCAUAGCUUCAUCCUGGAUUUUACACUAGUUUUGCACAACAGAUGUUUAGGUCUUCAUUCUUGCACACAAAUUUUUUUAUGCUUUUUUAACAUUUGUUAAUAUUUUUAAACUUUAACUCAUUGAAUCCUGUUUUAGCAGUUUUCAUGAGAACUUGAUAUGCAGCUGGUUUACUUUUACAGUGUGCCUGUGUGUCUACUGCACUCUAAUUAUAUUUAGACAAGAGGAACUCUUCAAGAAUUAGUUAUCCAGAGAAAAGUUUUUAUGUGGAUUUAAUAGAUGUGCAAAUCUCUUUGUGCCCAUGGAAGAUGAGAGUUCUUCACCCCUACAGUUGGUUUCUGCAGUUGUGCCUCUCUACGUCUAUACUUAAGUCUUGUGCUGUCUUGAUUUGAUGUGUACUAUGUACCACUCAUGUGAUUAAUUAUAAAGUUCCACACACUGUGUUAAGCAUGGCAGACUCGCUUGGAUAAAAAUAUGCCAAGCCUGAGAUCAUCAAAGGUCGUUGUCUUUCUCGGUAUUACUGUUACCAUCAUUGUUGUUAUGUAAAGUGCCUGUGGCCUGCUGUUGAGUGGAGAGAUAUGUUAUAUGUGAUGAUUAAAGUAUUUGCUGUUCUUGUUAUCUUUCUUUGCAUAUCAUUUCUUACGAGCAUUAAUUAGAAGAAUGCAGAAGGCUUUUGACAGGAAAUGGUUUGGCAACAUACUCUCAUUUAUACUGGAAGACAUUGCAGGGUGCAGAUGUUUUUCAUGAUGUAACAACUUGCUGUUUAAUGUUUGGAAUUUUAUGGUUGAAAAUUAUGGUUUUGGUUUGUCUUUGGAUUUUUUCCUUUGGUUUUAUCUUAUAAAAACCUUUUUAUAAUCAUAUUUGUAGCCUUUAUUUUCUUGUGCUCUAAAGACUUGCAAGUAAUUUUUUUUUCUCUCUUGUUGACUGUCAUUUGUGUACACAUUCUCAUUAUGGUGUAUUGUAAGCCUUCAUUUGUAAGAGCUCUUGAAGCUUGCAAGAAUACCAAAGAUCACCCUCUUGCACUUUCUCAGGCUUUUCUUCUUCUCCGUAGUUGGGAAAAAUUGUUUCCUUAACUUGGAGCUCAUAUGGGAAUCCAUCUCCUUUCUCUGCAUCCCUGAUUGUGUAACCCCUAAUACUGCAAGUAAACCUUCACAACCUGUACAUUUUUGUCUGAAAAAAGGGUUGUAAUUUUUGCCAUAGGAUAUCAUUUAUGCAACUCUGCAGUUAAAGUAGUAUGCAUAGUUUAUAUUGUUAACAUACUUAUAAAUCUAGCUGGUUCGUAUUUCACAAGGCUCUAAGGUUCUUGUUGCCAGCUGAAUGUUACAACAUGCAUCAGAUGGUCUGUAUCCAGCCAGACAGCAGUUUUAGCCAUGGUGUCUGCCCUGUUUACUGCAGUAAAACCUGUUUCAGUUUUUUAUUCAUCUAAUUUUAGUUUUUUUUUAAUUAUUUGUUUAUUAGUGCAUAUCCAUAUAAGCAUCUAUUCAAGAGUUUUUUGGGAGAUUUUUUUGCUUGCUUUUGUAUGCCUUUAUUUACUUCCCAUUCCUUAGAAUGCAAAAAUGAACUAGCGAAGAUUAUAAUGGACUUGCUGGUCAAGGGAGGAAUGGGCUUUGCUGUAAAUAUUCAAAAAUUUUGUAAUACCAAGGGUUUAUGAAGUUUUAUUUUUAAGAUUUGUGGUUGAUAUUUGUAUACGAUCUUUCUACACAACUUGCAAGUUACAAGUUUUGUUGCUAUAACACCAUCCGUGGUAAUGCUGACAACAGCAAAGUAAUGAAUAAGCUGCUGGCUGCACAGUUGUUUUUAAGUUUAAGCUGCUGUUUGAUGAUCGCUUUUAGAAGAGGGAAUACAAGUUGUCACGAAAGAGUAGUGAUAGAGCUAGUGAUAGUGUGGGUUUUGCACCUUCUGCUCUAUUCACGAGACAGGCGAACGUGCUGUUAAACUGACCAACAGAAGGAGGCAUCGCGGCCGGUUAGAUAAGAGCAGUCAUCAAGCGUAUGUUCGCUAAUUAAAAGACCAUUCACGUCCAUUCGUGGGGGUAGGGACUGGCCAAGAAUAAUUAGUAUUAACGGGACACCCUAGAUAACUAGCCAAGAUAAGGAAAUAGUUCAUUUGCAUAUUCUUUUUUUAUUCCUUCAUCAUUUGUAAUUUGUGUAAUACUCUCAAUGAUUAAUAACUUUCUUUACACUAAAUUGCCUUGUGUUGUUUAUUGGGGUUAAUACGCGUACUGAGGGCUCGAGCUAAGUAAAAAGAGUAAUUAGCAAUUUAGUGUAAGUGUAUGCGGUAAAUGUUGGCGUGAGUUGGUAGAGGUAUCGAGAGUGUGAUCAGUCCAAGGCGAUGGCGAUCGCAACCUCUGACCAUCUCCACAUGCUCAUUCCCCUGAGAUCACAACACAAGUAAAGCAUUGUGACAUGCAGUGUUUAAGACUGGAGCAUAGAUAUCAGUUGAUGUGGUUUUGCUCAAUUUGCCUACUGGUGAAAGUUAUUUACAAGAUGUGUUUGAUGGGUGCUGAAACAGUAAAGACUGUAAGGAAAUCCUGGUUAAAGUUGAUCAUUUGUCAAAGCUAAAUACCUGCUAAUUUGGACAUAAAAUGGAUAGAUGACGGUCUGGUGAGAUAAGUGGUGAACCUUUCACAAAUUGGGAAGUAUGAGGUCUUGGCAAGCCUUGUGAAAGCCAACUUCCGAACCAUAAGUUGAGGAAGGUUUAUGCCAAGAUUCAGUAUGUCAGUAUACCUACCAUUAGUUUGUGGCUUAGUCUCUUUUUUUCUUUCUUCUCAAAAGUCAAACUUGUCAAAACCAGUAUAACAAAAUAACCUUUACAGACCAUAAAGCUUGAUAUUUUGACUGUCAUCAACACAGCUUUAUGGCAUCUGAUCUUGCUAUCCUUGCUAAUAAUUAUGAUCCCACUUGCAAUUGCCUUCUAGCAGUUAAGAAUGAAAAUUCAACUGCCAUCUGUCCAUUUUAUCUACAUCCAGGCUAUUGUAAUUUUUAUAUUGCUAAGUAGAGCUGCUGCUGUUGUUUUUAUAUAAAAAGUCUUCAUUAACAUUCUUUUUAUAUUGUUGAAUAUAUUGAUGUAUUGGAGAUAAAAUAUUUUUCUGUCUACAAAUGAUUUGACCUAUUUUGUAAUGUAACAUGCACAUCUCUAAUGCUGAACUUUUAAAUAAGUACAUCGGAAGCAAGACCUAUUAUCGAAGAUUAUUAUUAGGAAAGUAAGUCAAAAUAUGGUUGUUGGAGAAAUUCAGACUAUUGAGCUUAGGUAAUUUUUUUAAAAAAGGAACAGCUGUUUGUGAUGCACCUGAAAUUCUUUAUUAGCUGGUUAUUCCAUUAUUUUUCUUUACUGAUAGUCACAUAUUAUCUUUAAAAAAAACCUGAAGGAUACGAAUUGAAAUAACAAAACUGCUUCUGUUUUAUUUGCUCUGAUCUUGUUUCACUUGACGAGAACCCUUCACUAUUUUAAUCCUGUCAUUUAUCUUUUCUAACUUGAUUUUUAUGUAGAGAACACAUGAGAUGUUUUUACUUUGUUGCUCAAGUGAAGUUCUCACACACAGCAGUCUCCAGACAAACCCACAGAUACAGAACAAAAUGCCUUAACAGGAUUUAACAGGGACCAAGUAGUCUAAAUAACAUUUCACCCACUAUUAGAGAUGUGCUUGUUCUCAUACACUUAUGUUCAAGACGAAUGCAUAGUCUUAUAUCUUUAACAAUGUAUAGUUUUUAUAUAUUUUUUUAACAAAUUUCUAUUAGAAUUUUUAUUGUUAGAGUACACAUAGAAAAUCCAUUGUGUAUUUUGACACUGUUGAAUAAAUGGUAUCACAAAAA